AUGCCUAAGCAGGACGAGGGGAGGCCAAAUGUACAACAGGACAUUCCAAAUAGACCCAGAGAUCUGACCGAGGUUUCAAGAGCCGUCCUGCGCAGCGAGCAGGCCAAGCGAUGGACCAAGAAGUACCGCACCGAGGUCGCUGCAAGCUCCAGCAGUCUGCUCUCUACGUUUGCGGCUUAUCCUCUCGACUCGGUCAAGACCCGCCUGCAAGCCUACAAGUUCAACUCCUUCGCCGACUGCGUUCGCCACACCUACAAAACUGAAGGCUUCCAUGGCUUCUACCGUGGUGUCUGGUCUCCUCUCGCAAGCAUAACCCUCGUCCGCACCGUGUCAUUCUCCAUAUACCAACGAUCCAAGUACGCGCUCGACAAUUGGAUUUACCAGACUACCGGAAGCUCCCCGCUUGUUAUCGCAAAUACUCGAGAUGCGUGGCCCACAUUUUCAACAAUUGCAUGCUUCGGGCUGGCAGGUGUCAAUGCGGGUGCCGCUAUCACGGUAAUCGCAUGCCCCUUCGAAUUGACGAAAUUGAGCGCGCAAAUCUCCGUGUUGAUGGCUGAGCGCAACGAUGGCGGCGGCAAGAAUGAAGCGGUCCGCAAGAGCUACCAGAACUUGGGAACCUGGAAGACGGCACAAAAUCUGGUCAAACAUCGGGGUUGGACAGGACUAUAUUCUGGCUUCCAUUUGCAUCUACUAAGAGAUUCCAUCGGCACCGGCAUUUACUUUGUGACAUAUGAGAGUGUGAAACAGGUUCUAGCCAAUGCGCGAGGUACUUCACCUACACAUCCACUGGCUGUCGUCGUGGCUGGUGGACUGUGUGGACUGGUUAGCUGGGCCUGCAUUUUCCCGAUCGACACGGCAAAGAGUAUCUACCAGCGAAACUGUCUCGUCGGAGGUAAAGACAAGGCCACACGCCCUAAGAUACAUUUCUUUAGUCGCCGGAUGUAUCGAGGCCUCGGUGUCUCCAUGUCUCGUUCCUGCAUAGUCAACGCCAUUUUCUUUACUGCAUUCGAAUUCACCAAGAAGCGCAUCAACGGCAUGUCUUACGACGAGGAGCUGCUUCGUGCCAACGACCUAUAG